AUGAAAACAAACUUGGUGUUACUGUUAAACCAGAUACCUCACUGGGAGCCACUUAAAAUUGGUGUUGUCAGCGAGAAAGCAAUGUUUCAAUUAUCACCAAAAUUAUUGAAUGGUCUACGAGUAGGUAUUUUAAAAAUGCAUUACCUUAUCAAUGUAUGGUAUUCACUUGAAAAUAAUAAAUUAAAUGUCGAAAGUUUUGCAAAUUGCACUCCACACUGGCAUGCAAUACUUAAAAAACAGUUUUGGAUUGGAACUAUGAAUAAAUGGCAAAAAUUUGAUCAAUUCAGUGCUACGAACCAAAUUAAUUUGACUUUCUACAAUGUCAAUUUUUUGCUUUUUUUGCAAGUAAGUGUGUCAUCGGUUGACAUUCAAAGAUGCGAAAAUGAUGAUGGUUUACUUGGAAUAGCUUCACCAUGCGCUUUAAUCAGAGAUAAUCCUCCGACAGCUGGUCAAUUAUCUCUGUGCGCAAUGAAUCGUCGAUGGACUUCAUUUCAGGCAGUUGAAGAUUUUUUUCGCCAUGAAAUACUUCAUGCUUUGGGUUUUGGCUUGAUUAAUCCAAAGAAGAGAUUGACUUCUUCCCGAGAAUUCCAGUGGACUGAUGCAAGUGGUAGUCAACAAGUUACUGCAGUUUACAUGGAUUUUCAAGAUAAUGCUGUGAUAGCAGCUAGAAAUCAUUUCAAAUGUCAGAAUUUGCGAGGUGUUGAAGCAGAUGAUGAAGACAGAAUUCAUCUCAAUGAAUAUAUUUACGGUAAUGAACUGAUGACACCGAUUUUAUCAAAUGGAAAGAAUUAUUUUACAAAAAUUUCCGCUUCUAUUCUUGAAGCGACAAGAAACGGAAAAAAACAGUGGUACAAAACAAAUGAAAGUUUAGUGUUAGCGGAAACAAAAGCAUAUUGGUACGGUCGGAAGUGGGGAUGUGUUUUCGCUGAAAGCAGUUGUUAUGAUUACAUCAACAGUCAAAUAAAUAAUGGGUAG